GUUCGUGCAGAUGUGUGUAAUCGUAAAAACGUCCGCGCAAAUUGGUUGAGGCUAUUGACGGAGCAUUGACAGACUGAAAAAUAUCUGUUUAUGCCAGAGGUACUCCACAUAAUAUAAAGUAGACAAGUAUUAAGUUUCAUAAACCGAGACAAGCACAUCACUUUAGAAGAAUCAUCAUCAGAGGGGACUGAGCAAUCCAAGCUGUGUUUUUCUGCAAGGGUUCUUUGAUAUAAAAACAACAGAAGAAAGACUUCAUAGAGGUUCAACCAGGAGAAUCAAUGAAGUUAGCGGUGUUAUUGCUGUGUGGAAUUUUGGUGAUCGGUUGGAAUUGUGGCUUUGCUCUAGCGAGGCAGUAUGGAAGAAGAGAUUCACGAUCCAGAAAGCGGGAAAGAAAUUCCAGGCCUGCCGUGUGUGAGCUUUACUCAGGUGGCGACUUUUGUGAGCCGUAUCUCAAAGGUCAGAAGAUUUACGUUUCAAAGAAGCGUCCCCAAUCUCAUCAACAGGAAAUUAUAGAAAACAACUAUGGAUUGCUGUUUCAAUAUGUGUCUGAAAGAUGUCGAGAUUAUGUUCUUCCGGCUCUGUGUAAUUAUGGCUUUCCGCCAUGUGAUCUGACCCAGUCUGCAGCUAAACCCAGAAAGUUUUGUCAAGAUGAUUGCCUCGUUUUGAAGAAUGACAUUUGCAAGAGAGAUUUCAAGAACGCCUUAAGAUUUCCUCUAGUUUCCAGGCUCUUGCCGGAUUGUGACAGUAUGCCAGCUAAGGGACAGCCUGAGUACAAGAGUUGUAUAAGAGUAGUACCUCAGGUUCCUAAGUUCAAAGUGCGCCUGGAUCACAACAUCACUAUGUUCCAAAACAAGCCUGUCAUUUUUAAAUGCCGUUUGAACAGUAAGAAAAUACAGGUAAACAUCACGUGGUUCAAAGACGAACAGCCUGUCAAUCGGAUGUUUCCAUCUUACAAGGUGACCAGUUACCGCUGGGGAUCAAAGCUUAAGAUUCGGCGAGCAAAAAUGAAGGAUGCUGGGAUAUUUGAAUGUCGGGCCAAAGGCCCCGGAGGAAUAGUCACUGCGCGGGCGUGGUUGAAAAUUAACGGACAUCUCAACACUCCUCCUCUUCCAGUUAAAGAGAAUAAGCAUUCGACCUCCCAGUAUGAAGAAGGCAAUGAUCCAGACACAACAACACCCAAGUCGCUUCCUCCAUUCCAGGGCAUGUGUGAGAAAUACCGCGGCAAGGCCUGUGCACAGUUUAUUGGUAAUCAAAGUAUCUGGGUUGAAUAUCCAUCAGGUUACCAGCAACGCGUUGAAGAUCAGUUGUCAAGAGCUCUGAGACUUAUACAAGCAACUAAUCAGAUGUCUGAUAGGUGCAGUGAAUAUGGCAUUCCUGCGUUAUGUUUUCACGGCUUCCCAACUUGCGAUACGUUAACUCAGAACUUCAAACAUCGGUUGUGCCGCGAAGACUGCUUUGCUUUGUUUAAGGACAUCUGUUUAACGGAACUUCAGUUCGCGAUGAGUAUUUCUCAGCUCAGAGUUCUGCUUCCAAACUGUUCCGCUCUUCCAAAGCGUGAUGACAAAGAUUAUUCCUAUUGCACUUCGCUUAAUAUUCCAGGUUUGGCUCAUAAUUCACCAACCAGUCCUCCUCCCUUUAUUCAAGACGAUUCUUGCUACAAUGGUACUGGUGAAACAUACUCAGGCACAAGGAACGUCACGAAGUCCGGGCGCCCCUGCCGCGUGUGGCGUCCUUUGGACCCCUCAAGUCAUAACUACUGCCGCAACCCUGGAGGACUUGAAGCACAACCAUGGUGUCAUGUUGGACCGGAAUACGAUGUGGAAUAUUGUGACAUCAAAAAGUGCUCUUCGUUGAACGCUGCUGUGGAGACAACCCCUAAACAUGGCCAUAGAGGGGCUGGCUCGGUCGCUCGCACCAAUUACGUCAUUUCCGCCAUUAUGGCCGUUUUGAUUGUGGCAUUCCUUACAAUCAUUGUGUACCUAAAAAUACAGCAGCGUAAGACUGCACUUGCAGAUAGCGACCAUGCCUCCUCUGGCUCCAUCUCUAAGAGUACCCAGAGUACAUUGCAGCAGCAGAAUUUUGAUCUGAAGCAAAGCAUCAGUGAGAUCAAGUCAUGUGUCUUCCAUAAGCAAGAUCAAAAGUUACACAAUGGCAAGGUGAAUUUUCUUGAGGGUCUGGGUGAGGGUAUGUUUGUCAAGGUGUGCAGGGGAUUGCUGAUAACAGAUGACACGGACGACACCGGUGUAGAAAUUGCCAUCAAGCGGCUCAAAGCCGACGUACCAGAAGCUGCCAUAGAGAACUUUAAGAAGGACACGAACAUCCUGGCCAAUCUUCAGGACAUAAACAUUCUCUGUAUGUUUGGAUUAUCUAAAGACGAAGAUCCACACUUCAUGAUGUUCGAGUAUUUUGGUGACAUAGAUCUGUAUCGAUUCUUAGUGGACAACGCAUCCAAGUUAUCGGGGUUGAUACCAUCUGAUAUCUCUGAGUACGAUCUGUUACUGGACUUUUCGUUGCAAAUCGCGUCUGGUAUGGACUUCCUCGUCGAGAAUCAUUUCGUUCACCGAGAUCUUGCUGCCAGGAACUGUUACGUCACCGCAGACAACAUAAUAAAAAUCUCAAACCUUGGAAUCGGCAGCCACAAGUACCCCUCGGAUUACUCUUGGGUGCACAGUAGCGCUUUACUUCCGGUACGGUGGAUGGCACCGGAAGCGCUCAACACGUUGAAGUUUAAUCAUAUGACGGACGUUUGGUCUUACGGGGUUUUAUUGUGGGAAGUAUAUACCUUCGGAUGCCAGCCGUUCACCGGUUUUACUAAUCAAGAGGCUAUUGAGCGAAUACGGAAUCUGGAAUUACUCUCUUGCCCAGACCACUGCCCUGCCCGAAUGUUCGGGCUGAUGCGGGAGUGUUGGGACGAAAACCCAUCAGAUAGAUCCCCCUUUUCCGAGAUUUGUUCCCGUCUCCGAGAGUGGGCUGGUGAUUCGAUUGCAGAAAGCCGUUAGUCCCAGGAACGCGCAUUAUUUCCCAUAUUACAGCGAAGACAGGUUGGUCAAAAACUAGCCAUCUGCCGUCCAACAAAUCGCUGGUAGAAUGUCGGCAUGGAGACCCUGGAGUACUGGCUCAAAAAAAAAGGGUGAAGUUAUGUGAUGAUUUCCUUUUUCUG